AGUCUGAACCGUCAGCGUCGCCAGCGGAGAGAACAUGGCCUCCAGCUCGGAGGACGACCUCUCGUGUCCCGUUUGUCAGGACAUUUUCAAAGACCCGGUCGUCCUGUCGUGCAGCCACAGCUUCUGCCGGGCCUGCAUCCAGUCGUGGUGGGAGGAGAAGGAAACACGACCGUGUCCGUGCUGCCAGAGGAGGUCAUCGAGGACCGACCCUCCUCGCAACCUGGCGUUGAAGAACCUGUGCGAGGCCUUUCUGCGGGACGGGGAGCGGCGAGCGGCAGCAGGGUCCGAGCACAUGUGCAGCCUGCAUGGUGAGAAGCUCAAGAUCUUCUGUCUGGACCACCAGGAGUUGGUCUGCUUGGUCUGCCGGGACUCUGAGACUCACAGCAACCACAGCUUCAGACCCAUCGACGAGGCGGCCCAGGAUCUCCGCCGGCGGCUGCAGAGAGGCCUGAAACCCCUCCGGAGGAAGCUGACGCUCUUCCAGCAGGUGACGGGGGACAGCAUCUCCACGGCAGAACACAUCCAAGUCCAGGCUGAGAAGACUGAGAAGGAGAUCCGGCAGCAGUUUCUGAAGCUUCACCAGUUCCUGGAAGAGGAAAAGAAGGCGAGGGUGAAGGCGCUGAAGGAGGAGAAGGAGCAGAAGAGUCGGCUGGUGAAGGAGAAGGUGGAGGCUCUGACUCGGGACAUGGACGCUCUUUCAGACACGAUCAGAGCGACGGAGACGGAGCUGAGAGCCGGAGACGUCUUGCUGCUGCUCAGCCACAAGGUGGCGACCCGGAGGGUCAGGCAGGGCCCAGUUCUGCCAGACCCGGAGCCGAUUUCAGGGGCUUUGAUAGAUGUGGCCAAACAUCUGGGAAACCUGACCUUCAACAUCUGGAAGGAGAUGAAGGACAGGGUGAACUACAGUCCUAUGAUCCUGGAUCCAAACACCGCCGACCCAGAUCUCGUUGUGUCUGAUGACCUGAUGAGUGUCACAUUCGUGGGGUCGCGAGAUCUGCCGAGCAACCCGGAGAGGACCCGAUUCCCCGGCACCGUCCGGGGCUCCGAGGUGGUGAAGUCAGGGAUUCACAGGUGGGGCGUGGAUGUUGGAGACAACGCUGACUGGGAGCUGGGAAUGCUGGAAGCCGAUGGUGGCGACACAGCGGAGCCGCGGCGGUGGAGGAUUUCACUCAAGGACGGUAGAUACAAGGCGUUGGCUGGAUCGGGCUCGGAGAAAGACCUGCAGGUCGGGGAGCACGGGGGGAUCGUGGUUAAUCUGAACUUCGAUGAGGGGAAGCUGUUGUUCAUAGAUCUUGACACGAACACAGUCUUCCACACCUUCACGCACACGUUCACGGGCGAGAUGUUUCCUUACGUGUACACCCGGAGCUCAUUGCCACUGAGGAUCCUGACACUCAAGGCUUCCGUGACGACACCGAGUUAGGCAGGUUAGGAGGUGGGACCCUGAACCCUGAACCCUGAACCCUGAGACGAGUCAACAUCCCCUGUAAGGUCGUAUCUUCGUCCGCCUCGUUUGCAUUUCACAUUCUUGUCGGACUUGUGGACUCUGACUGGGACUCGUUCAGCUCCAGCAUGUCUCAGCGUUUCAGUUCCAGAUUCAAAUGUUGGCUGAUCUGUGAACGUGAAUCCAGGAAAGAUGCUUCUGGAUGAUGAUCUAAGAGUAACUCAUGAUGAUUGAUAAAGAUGAUUGAUCAUGUGACUGGUGACAGGACCGUUGUCUCAGACAAUCCUGUAAAUAUUGACGACUGAUGUCUGAUAAACAAUCACAGCUACUCUAUGUAGAAAUACCACGUCUGACCUCAUGGGGCAGCGAUCACGAGAUGAAAUCGUGUAACAAGAGAGGUCGAACCAGACGAGAGCUUGAAAAGCCCGUUCCCUUGUUUUCUCCUUUCCUUGUUUCCUCGUUUCUUUGUUUCCUCGUUCCCUUGUUUCCUCGUUUCCUUGUUUCCUCCUUUCUUUGUUUCCUCGUUUGUUGUUGAAGUGAGAGAAAGAACAGAUCUUUGAGGACGGUUGGGACGCGCCCACCUUGUGUCAAUCCCAGACCUGUUUUAGCUUAGCUGACCCGGCUGGUUGCCAUGGAAACACCGUAACUAUCAGAGCUACCCUGGGACAAAGGUUGGGUUGCAGUCGGGUCCGCCUCCCGGCGGCUGAUUGGCUUGGUGUCCUGAGAUGAUCGGCUGAUUGAUCCCCACUCACCAGUAGAUCUAGAUCUCCCCCACCUGGUCAGAUGUGGUACUGCUACAAGAAGAGUCUUAAAUGCUGCCGGUAAAACUUGGUGGUUGAGGGAAAUAAAAUAAAAAUAUUGAAUAUUUUUAUUUUUUAAACAUAAAAGAUGUAUGCUCUUUUUAAAACUGCCGUAAUAAUAUAAUUUACCUUUAAUAUAAUUUACCUUUUUUGUGAGGUGAAAUUCACUUUGGACAGCACGGAGUUCAAUUCAAUUCAAUUUUAUUUAUAUAGCGUCUAAUACAACAGAUGUUGUCUGUAGACGCUUUCCAGAGAUCCAGAACAUGAACAUAAACCCCCGAGCAAUCAUUACAUAAACAAUGGCAGGUAAAAACUCCCCUAGUGGGAGAAAAGCCUUAAGCCAAACAGUGGCAAGAAAAACUCCCCUUUAGGAGAAAGAAACCUGGACCAGGACCUGGAUCAUAAGGGGGGAAGAAACCUGGACCAGGACCAGGCUCAUAAGGGGGGACCCUCCUGCCCUCCUGAAAUAAAAUAAAUGGAAACCUAUUUAUCAGGAGUAUGUUGAUUAUCUUCAACUGUCCAGAUAACAACAAUAAGAACUGAUAACUGACUUCACAUGUGUUAAGAGCUCAAUUGUAACUAAGACAAUUUCUUUAAAUGAGACCUAUUUUGGCAUUUAAUGUAUAUUUUAAACAGGCCUUGAAUGUCUUAAAAAGCUCUGGGCAGAAGAGCAGCGGCUGUUUACACUAUUAAAGCAUCAGGACUGUCCUAACUGGCCGCGAGUUUAGCAGUUUCAGUGUGGACAGAAAGAGUUUAACGGUUCCAGUGUGGAAAGAGAGAGUUUAACGGUUUCAGUUUGGACAGAAAGAGUUUAACGGUUUCAGUGUGGACAGAAAGAGUUUAACGGUUCCAGUGUGGAAAGAGAGAGUUUAACGGUUUCAGUUUGGACAGAAAGAGUUUAACGGUUUCAGUGUGGACAGAGAGCGUCCGAUGUCACGCAGCUCGACGUGAUAGUCGGACGCUCGCAUUCAGUUAUGACACGGUGUAAACGGAUCUUAAGCCUGAAUUACGGUUCUGCGUUAAAUCGACGCGUACCCUACGCCGUAGGCUCUGCGUUGGUGAAACGCGGAACCAUAAAUCAGCCUUUAGUUCCCUGAAGAGGGAACGGGUCACCUCGUCUUCACACUCAUUCACACAGGAAGAUUUAAUUGAAUUCUAAACAGGUACACCACAGUUAUUUACUCCGAUUCAUCAUCAUUUAAUUUCUUAUGUUACAAGACAAAUGAAUCAUGUUAACUGUAAAUAAAUCACAACACUGAAUGUUCACAAAUGGCAACUUUAUUGUUAAAAAAAAUAAAAUAACAUUUGUACACAUUAUAUACUCCACUUAUAUCGGGGUUCAUAAAUUUGCUCCGAUCUUGGCCGUUCAAGGUGACAUGGGUUGGCUUCCUGGUUCCAUAAGACGUAAAUGUGAGAUGAUUAGAUUGUGGAAUCGUUUACUUAAUAUGCCGGAAGACAGGAUCAAUAAGAAAGUUUUUAUUUGGAGUAAAUUAAAUGGUUCGCCAUGGGCUAAAGAAAUAUUUGCAUUAUUUGAAGAGGUUGGAUUCAAUGUAUAGGAAUAACUUAACCUGUUCAAUAACUUCAAUUAGUGAUACGUUUUUUGCUUUAUUUGAGACAAAAUGGUUAAAUGAGAUUUUGUUUAAACCCAAAUUACGAACAUACAUCCAAAUCAAGCACAAUUAUGGCCCUGAACCUUAUGUUAAAGCAAACCUAACACGAAAUCAAAGGUCUUUAAUGGCUCAGCUGAGAACAGGGAUCCUUCCCUGGAAUCUUGAAGUCGGUAGAUUUAAAAACAUUCCCGAAGAUGAGAGGUUGUGUGAAUUAUGCGAACUUAAUGAAGUGGAAAGUGAAUAACAUUUUUUGUUAUAUUGCCCUCUGUAUGAUGAACUGAGAACUCCAUUAUUUACCGAAAUGUUUGUUAAAAAAACGGAAAUGUUCUGGUGCUCUGACGAUGAUAGAACGGACGGGUUGUUUAACUUCAAUGUUUUUAAGUUGGCUCAUUUUGUUUCUGAAGCCUGGAGAAAGCACCAGGAUUGUUUAUAUGUUUAAUUGGUACAGGGUCUGUUGUCUGGCUUUCAUUUGCUUUAUGUUCCUUUCUCUUUUUUUUGGUGUCUUGUAAGCCCACUCGGGCAUGACACGUAAAUAAAAAGUUCAAAUCAAAUCAAAUCAAAUAUACACAAUACACUGUUUAUAUACACCAAGUUGUAUAUAAAUAACAUUUAUGCACUAUUGCUGGCUCAAGGAAGGACCGUGCGUCUUCUCAAGGUGUCGUUGAACAGCUUCAGGUGCUUGGAAGAUCUGAAACCAUAGACAGAAGAAAAAUGUAUUACUAAUAGAGCUCCGGUGUUACCUAACACUCCGUUAGGGAACACUGGAGGCAUCGGAGCUGCUCACCGGAGCUUCUGUGAGUGACUCCGUUAGGUAACACUGGAGCCACUGGAGCUCCGGUGUUACCCGUAGACAAAUAUAAAUAACAUAAAAAAUCAACGUCACUUACCGCUGACUCGUGUGCAGUUGCCGGGUCCGUACUGUUGGUACUGAUCCUUUUAUGAGGGUAAGUGUCGAUGCAAAACCUAAUAUUUACUGUCCCUCGUUGUUCAAACAGCCACAUGAUUCACUUAUACGCUUCGGAACAAUGGCAGAAGCUCCGGCCGGCGGAGUUAGUUGUGGACGUGGUUUCAGCAGCGGAGGAGACCUAUGGAAAUUGCUCCCGCCGUUGCAUAAAGACGGGAGCGUUCUCUGAGUUCUCUGAGUUGGCAGGCUGAGGGAAGACCACUUUAUAUAUGUUAAAGCAAGUGGAUAUAAUAAUGACUGCAUUAAAAUGACUUAUUUGCCCUCUAGUGGACUUAUAAAUUACCGUUUUUUAAGGAGGAGAAGCUCAUUUUCGCCUUACAUCAUAUAGACGAAUCCGGCGACCGGUUUGUGUGCGCCGCCAUCUUGCGGCGGCGCCAUCGCUGCGGUGGCAGGUGUCAAUCUGCCACCGCAGCGCUGUUAUUGUAACCUGACGCUCUACAGCAUCAUUAUAGCUGGAUUGAUGAUGUUAGACAGUGGCCUUCCAUAAAUAAUGAAGGUAUCUUAAAUUAAUGCUGAUGUUAAUUUAUAAAUAAUGAUUUGUUUGAGCGAUAAGCAGGAAAGAAUAGAGGAAUAGGGAGAUAAGGGAGUGUAUGAUUAAACACUGUAAUAUAGCUCUCUCCACCUCCUCUCCUUACGAGGCACGUCUGCACAAUUAAAUAUUACCUGUUUAUGUUUUGUUUUAUUUUAGG